AUGACUCGCUCAUAUGAGGCUGCAAUUGCAGCACUCAAUUCCCUGCAAACGAAUUUUGCGAUCGUGGAGGAGCUUAAGAAAUCGACCUCACGGGAGGAUCUCAAUAAGCGCUCACUCCCAGAGACGGUUGAAUGGCUUCGUCGCAUUGGAUAUAAGCCCUCCGAUCUCAAUCGAUUGAAUCUGGUCCACGUCGCGGGCACGAAGGGCAAAGGCUCAACUUCCGCAUUCAUUUCAACCAUUCUUUCCCAGUACACUCAGUCAGAGCCAGGUCAAUCCUCCCCUCAUCUCCACAAAGUCGGACUCUAUACCUCCCCCCACCUCCGGUUCGCCCGCGAGCGCAUCAAGAUUGAUAACGCCCCGCUUUCCGAAGAGCAAUUUGCGCGUGAGGGUGUUGAUGCAGCAGUAAUUGAGUGCGGCAUCGGAGGAGAAUACGAUUGUACCAAUGUGAUUGAGCAGCCCAAGGUGACUGCUAUCACUAGCCUUGGAAUCGACCACACAGCUAUGCUGGGCACCACGAUCGAGAAAAUCGCAUGGCACAAGGGUGGCAUCAUCAAGUCUGGAGCUAAGGCUUUCACAGCGCCGCAGCCUCCAAGCGCGGAGCAAGUUCUGGCUGAGCGUGCCGCUGCCAAGGACACUCAGUUGGAUGUUGUUUCUGAACAUCCUGAUCUGCGCGCAGGGUCCAGCCAAGUGAAUCUCGGACUGGCAGGUGACUUCCAAUAUACCAAUGCCUCCGUCGCAGUCGCAACGGCCGCGGAGUUCUUGAGGAAGACUGGCGUGGCGAACAUUUCCGAGAACGUCAUGUCUGAGCCUCUCCCUGCCAAAUUCAAGACUGGACUUGAGGAGACUCGCUUGGGUGGACGCUGUGAGACCCGUUUCGAGAAGAAUGUCGCCUGGUAUAUUGAUGGAGGACAUACUCUGGAGAGCAUCCGCUUGGCUGGCCAGUGGUUUGCCUCGCGAAUCCAUGCCGAUUCAUCCGGCGACAUUGCAGCGAAGAAGCCCCGAAUCUUGAUUUUCAAUCAGCAGACCCGUGACAGCACAGCUCUGGCUCGUGCUCUUCAUGAGACUCUUGCCGCUGCGUUGGAGUCCGGCACACCUUUCACACAUGCCCUAUUUUGCACAAACAUCACAUACAAGCAGGCUGGAUUCCGUCCUGACUUGGUCAGUAUGAACACAAAUGCUGAUGAUCUUGAAUUGCUCCGCGUACAGAAGUCUCUUGCCGCUGCCUGGAAUGAGAUUGAUCCUAACGCUCAGACUCAAGUGUUUGGAACUAUCGAAGAGGCUGUUGACUUCGCUCGAGAUCUGGCUGCCCAGGAACGCAAGGUCGUCCAGAGUGACGAGGCCCCCGUCAUGACUUUUGUCACCGGCAGUAUCCAUCUGGUGGGUGGCUUCCUCGAUGUGAUCGAAACAAAGCCAUACACGGAAAAUCCUUAA